AUUCCUUCGCUCCCAAUUGCUGCUUCAAUUGACUUUCCAAUUGGGCUGACGCUUGUUGCUGCACCUCUGCAGUCACGCACCCGCCCGCUUGCGGCACUGCUGCCUUGUUCUGGACCCCUGGGCCCCGUUUCCCCAGACUUUAGUGACGUUGUCAAGUGGACUUGUGCUCGGUACUCGAGGCAGGUACUGGGUACGGUCAACCCGGUGAGCCAGCCGCAGCUAAGCGGGGUACGGUGUACAUGCAGAGGCCGUAAAUGCUCCGUGCUGCCCUCUUGGUCAUCUUAGUGCAGGCGCCAUCGUCUGGCUCCGUACAACGGAGUACGAGCACAGCUACAAAGUGCGAGUACGAGUCAAUCUUAGUUCUAUUUUGCGUCAUCUCAACUACACAAACAAACCAACAAACAAACAGUAAAUUCUUAUCCAGAUUCCCUGCUGAAACCGGCCGAGAUCAACAAACUCCUUAUCGGUGCCUCGGCGGUAUUUUUGGCGCAUCAUUCAGCCUCCUCCCCAGUAGCGUUGCCUCUCUGCACGGAGCCCCGGUGUGGAGACGCCGUGGCAAAGUCUCAGCCGAGUGCUUCCGUGUCCGGGUGAGCACAAGCAAAAACAUGGCCAGACACCAGCUAAACGUUGGCUAGUUGAAGACUCCACCGGUCCCUUGAGUUAGGAGUCAUUCUCGGCCAUGAUC